AUGAUAGCAAAAUCCAUUUUACAAACACUCACACGAUUGCAUUCUCUCUCCACUGUCGAGAAUUUACUUUACAUUCUCAACAUUUCAUUCCUUGCAACUCAUGAACUGGAUGCAGUUGACAAGAAAGAAUGGAGAUUACUAUUUCUAUUGAAAGAUAUGCAAGAAAAUGAUGCCAAAAACUGGUUUAUUGGACUACACCUUCCAUUGAUGGGAUUAUUAUUACUCCUAACCAAUCGUUUCACUGACAAGAGCCUCCUCACUUCCAAUUUUAAUCAAUUACCAAGAAUGAACUCAACUCAAAUCCUCAAUAAUUCUCAACAAUUCCAAAGAUCAUUCAAAAUGUACAGACCACUCAUUGGACGUUCCUUAUUAUCCACAUUCUUAAUUGGCCAUUCCUUCGUUCACUACACCUUCACAAACGAUCCAAAGAAUGAAUUUCACUCCACUCUCUCAAAAAGUUAUAUUUAUGGUGGAGGUGUUUGUGGAGUUUUGCAUUUGGUGAGUGUUGGAGCUUUGUUGGUGAGAAAGAGAUGGCAUGUUUGAUUCAUCAAUAUUGAUGUGGGAAUUGUUUAAAUAGUUAAUUAGUUAUGAUAAUAAAGAACAUUUGGUGAAUGGAAUGUGGACGAAUUCGUAUUAUCAUAUGAUUAAGGUUUAAAUGUAAUUGAAGCUAUGUGCUGUUGGUGUUCAAUUUUCAAAGCCAUUGAAAGCUGAGAAUGGUAUCUGUAUCUUGUGUUAUCUAGAUGAUGAUCUUCUCUUUAGAAUUGUUUAAUCUUGCCUUUCUAAUAGUAUCGAAAGUUAUCUUCACAACAGCUACUAUUAUCCACACUCUUUAGCCAUCAUCACUGUCUCUUGUACGAGGAGUUU